AUGAUAGAGGACGAACUGGUCCAAUUUGAUAAAAGCAUAAAUGAAUUUUGGAAUAAGUUCAUAAACACUGUCAGUGACUCCUCCUGUCAGAUGGUGGCACUGAAAGAUGCCUACAGGGACUCCAUGAAAGCAUUUGCAGAAAAGUUGUCUGUGAAGUUAAAGGAAGAAGAGCGAAUGGUUGAGACUUAUCUGGAAUAUCAGAAUCAGAUCUGCAAACAAAACAAGCUCAUUCAAGGGAAGAAAGAGAACUUGUUAAAGAUGAUUUCAGAAGUAAAAUGCAAAAAGCAGGAAAUAGAAGUACUGACUUCAAAUAUCCAAGACCUUAAGGAAGAAUAUGCUAAGAAGAAGGAAAGUAUAGCUACUGCUAACAAAGCUAUUGAACAGAGGUUGGAAAGACUGCAGAAGUCUGCAGACUUGUAUAAAAAUCGACUGGGAUUAGAAAUUCGAAAAAUUUAUGGGGAUAAAUUGCAGUUUAUAUUCACUAAUAUCGACCCUAAGCAUCCUGAGACCCCAUUUAUGUUUUCUCUGCAACUGAAAGAAGACAAAGAGUAUGAAGUGUCAGAUAGUUCUCCCCAUCUUGAAUGCCUGGCAGAAUUUCAAGAAAAGUUAAGGAAAACCAAUAAUUUUUCAGCCUUUCUUGCCAAUGUUCGGAAAGCUUUUACUGCUACUGUUUAUAAUUAA